AUGUCUUGGGGUAUUGAUGAAAAAACUCGGUCCACUAAUGUGCCGAAACUGAUCGAGAAUUUCAAGAAGAUCAAAAUUGAAUCGGUUUUCUCCAUGAAGAAACACCCAUACGAUAAUCUGAUUGCUAUUUUCAAUUUUUCUCUCUUCUCGAAAAUUCAUGUUCUUCAAGCAGUUCUUCUUACCUGUAAGGAUAUUUUCGGAGAAGAGAUUCACUGUACCUUCAAUGAUCCACCGAAAAUAAAUUCUAAAAAGUAUACCGAUUACUGUUGGAUCGACGGUGGGUACACAAUAAUACCCGAUUCCAGUGCUUCAGUCUCACCCUACAUCGGGGUCACUUCGAGUGUUCAAACUGAGAAUGGAUCUAAAUUUUUCCAACGUCACUACCAAUGGGUUUAUCUUUCUAUACUUAUCCAGUCUGUCAUGUUUUUCAGUCUUAAAUGGAUCUGGGAUCGUCUCUUGGACCAACGGGUCAUCGAUCUGGUUGGCAAACUGAAAGGUGACAAGAAAAAUCUAUACGAAUAUAAAAAAGCCGAUCAGAUGAAUCUCGUUCAAUCGGUGGCCGAUCUUUUAUUUUCCAAUGUCACCUUUUAUUAUAACGUUAUUCUCAUGGAAAUAAUUUGUCUUGUCCAUCUCAUUUUCCAAAUUUGGGCAACUGACCGAUUCCUCAAUGGAAAUUUCCUUAAACUUGGUGUCAUUUGGUUGGACUCAAGCUACAGUAUGAAAAGUAUCACUUCUUUGUUUCUUUCUUCACCUUCGACCUCACCAAUUGAUCUUCCUCGAAUGGUCAAGUGUACAUUACAAUUCUUUGGUCUCACUGGUGACAUCAAUUCUUACGAUGGACUUUGUUUUCUCGCUGCCAAUUCAUUACAUGAGAAAGUUUAUCUAUGUCAAUGGUUCCUUUAUCAUUUCAUGUUCAUCUUCAUCAUUUUGAUUCUAUUCUAUCGAGGUCUAACCCUGGCACUUCCACCUCUUCGAUAUUUCAUGUUAUCUUAUACGAGUUCAUCUUUUGCCGCAAAAUCGUACCGUCGAUUACUCAACUCACCCGGUAACUGGUUUCUUCUCAAUAUUUUAUCAACCACAAUUCCAGUAUCAUAUUUCACUGAUUUAAUGAAUGCAGUAGUUGAAUUGCAUUUCGAUAAACGUGGAAAACCUUUGCACAAUUCAGCAUUCGGCAAAUAUGCCAAGGAAAACGAAGGAAUCAAAGUGGACAGAUCGAUUGUGGUCCAGAAAAAAGGGUUAAUCCUCUGGCUCCUGGGCUUCUUGAACUUUGGUUUCCUUGGUUUCCAAGUCAUCCAAUCAAGGGAAUAUUUUAAGAGACAAUCUGAUCAAGAGUCUUAUCUCUACUCUCGGAUCCAUCCAUCUCCAUUCAAUUCACUUUGA